CUGUUUCUUUCCUAUCGUGACCACGAAUCGAAGUUGCAGUCCAAAGACCCUUGAGCGGUUCAGCUGCCAGCACAGGAAGUCGCGAUCUGUGGGGAAAGUCUUGCCCUGGCUGGGAACAAAAGCGGCAUAAAAUCAGCACAGACUCGAGCACAAUCGACCGUCGAUAUUAUGGCCCUCAGUAUUGCGCCUCCAACCGGGCCAUCGCCAAAGACAUCGGCAUCUCCUCCUCCUCUGUCAUCAUCGGAUCCAUCAUCAUCAUCAGCAGCUGUGCGCUCACCAUCACCACAGCCGCCACCAGCAAGCCCACUCACGCCCCCUGCCCAACCAGCCAAGCUCGCCAUUCACACCCAACCGAUACCCGCGCAAUCAGUACCUGCUCAUCCGGCGCGCUUCAUAGAGCAGCCGCCGUCGUUGCCCUUCUCCAGUCAUGAGUCGAGUGACGCGAUAGCUCUCCGCGCUGCCAUCUCUUCUCUCCAGUUCCAGCGCCUCCAAGCUCAACGGGAUUUGCGCACUCUCGAGGACAUCAAGCGCCAGGCUGUUGAUCACCCAGAAGCAUACCGCCAACAUGUGAUUGCCACCUCUCAAUCAAAAGCUACCCCCCCGCCAUGGGCUACCAGCGACUCUCCAGACCAGGACAUGGACGAUGAAGAUGAUGCUGUACUCGGCGCUUCCAGCCCGAACGGUCAGGAUUCCGCGAUGUCGGAAUUCGAGGAUUCGCCCAAGGACUAUCCAGUCUCGUACGGCUCUAUGCUGCACUCACGAGAACAAAAGACCGUUCGCCAACCGUCUAGCUUCCCUGCUGUUCCCUUGCCGCAAGAUGUUGUCAGAUGUCCUCCUAUCGAAUGGGCAAAGUACAACAUCGUUGGAGAAUCCUUGGACAAACUUCAUCGCGACCAACAAGCACGACCGGGAGAUGUUGAUUCAUCCCAGCGUGACAGUGUUGUUGCUGCCCCUUACAAUCCGUUUCUGGACAAGCUCGACCCGCGACCAACUUCUGAGUCGCGGUCGACGAGAAAAGACAGUGGCUCUUCCGCCUCUGAUCAAAAUGCACACAGAAGACCUAGCAAGGCUAUGUGAUUUAUCUCCACGGACGCUUUUGUUUCACGCUAUAACAAAGACAUGACUUACGUAUACGGAUAUAUAUUAUGAGCGUUAACACUUCAAGCAAAAAGGGCAAUUCCUUUGAUGUUCACAGUUCCAACAAGAUUCUCACGAUAAAACAGCAAUUUACCAAACAAGCGCCAAUCAUGUGAAGACAAAGCAGGUAUUUUAUAUUGACAUGGCGUUUCAAAGACCUCAGCGGCUGCAUAUCUUG